GAAGUGGGACAUACCAUUCUAAGAAAACAAAAACUAUGUUGUUUGGUGUUUGAGACAGUACACUUUGUUCUUCUUCCUUUCAUUCUCUCAAACGCCAAACUAUGUUCUUGAAAUGCUUCCAUUUCUUCAUCGUUCUACAUUUCUUUGCAGUAACACCCAUCUUCUCAUCCACUGAUUCUUCCUUCACCUCAACCCAACUCUCCAUAAACUUUCUAGACAUUGCCAAGAAGCCUGAUGUUUUUGAUUGGAUGGUCAAAAUCAGAAGGAAGAUUCAUGAGAAUCCUGAACUAGGUUAUAAGGAAUUUGAGACUAGUAAACUGAUCAGAGAUGAAUUGGAUAAAUUGGGAAUCCCCUAUAAUCACUCGGUUGCAGUCACUGGUGUUAUUGGCUUCAUAGGGACAGGUAGCUCACCUUUUGUUGCCAUAAGAGCUGAUAUGGAUGCUCUUCCCAUUCAGGAAAUGGUGGAGUGGGCGCACAAGAGUAAAGUACCUGAAAGGAUGCAUGCUUGUGGUCAUGAUGCUCAUGUUACUAUGCUUCUUGGUGCUGCAAAGAUUCUCAAAGAGCAUGAAAAAGAGAUACAGGGAACUGUUGUUCUUGUUUUCCAACCAGCAGAGGAAGGUAGUGCAGGGGCUAAGGAAAUUUUAGAUGCUGGAGCCUUAGCAAAUGUUUCUGCUAUCUUUGGAUUACAUGUGGCACCUAACGUUCCAGUAGGUGAAGUGGCCUCUAGGACUGGUAUAAUAAUGGCAGGAAGUGGUUCAUUUGAAGCAACAAUAAGUGGAAAGGGAGGUCAUGCAGCUAUUCCUCAACAUUCUAUAGACCCUAUUUUGGCAGCUUCUAAUGUGAUUAUUAGCUUACAACACCUUGUUUCUCGCGAGGCUGAUCCUCUAGACUCCCAGGUUGUGACGGUUGCAAAGUUCCAAGGGGGUGGUGCAUUCAAUGUUAUUCCAGAUUAUGUCACAAUUGGUGGCACCUUCCGAGCUUUUUCUGGAAAAAGCUUUGAGCGACUAAAACAGCGCAUUGAGCAGGUUAUCAUUGGUCAAGCUGCUGUGCAAAGGUGCAAUGCAACUGUCAACUUCUUUGAUGGAGAAAAACCAUUCUAUCCUCCAGCCGUAAAUAACCCUGACUUGCACGAGCAUUUUGGUAAUGUUGCUAGGAGUUUGCUUGGAAUCAAUAAAGUUAAUCUUGACAUUCCACCAAUCAUGGGAGCUGAAGACUUUGCAUUCUAUCAAAAGGUCAUUCCUGGUUACUUCGCCUUUCUUGGAGUGGAGAAUGCUUCCCAUGAACCGCUUCAGUCAUUACACUCACCCUAUCUCAGAAUCAACGAAGAUGGACUUCCUUAUGGGGCUGCACUUCAUGCAUCAUUUGCUGCUAGUUAUCUUUUAAAACAUCAGCAUGACAUAGCCGUGGUAGAGGGGAAAUCUCAUGAUGAACUAUAACUGAUAAUAAAAAGGGAACGUAGUCUUAUUUCUUGUGACAAAGUGGGAAUAAUAAAGACAAUGUGGCAGGAAAAACUUUUUAUUAUGCAAAAUAAAAAAGGAAACUGAAAAUUGAGUUAUUUUGAAUAAAUGAAAUUGAUUAUGGAAGAAAUUAUUUUUUGUUUUACUAUUCUCAUGUACUGUUUAAUUACAAAAAUACAAUUAUAAUCAUAGGAUGCAAAUAUUUUACUUGGAAGUGAAGCUUUGAAUC